AUGGUUUUGAAUGCUUUUCCCGUGAGCAGGCACCGCUCCGACAUGUCGGAGCGUGUUUUGCGAAUCACCGCACACGUGUGGCCGGGUGGGCGGGAGAGUGUCUGGGUGGGCUGGGAGAGUGUCCGGGUGGGCUGGGAGAGUGUCCGGGUGGGCUGGGAGAGUGCCGGGUGGGCCGGGAGAGUGUCCGGGUGGGCAGGAGAGUGUCCGAGUGGGCCGGGAGAGUGUCCGGGUGGGCCGGACGAGUGUCCGGGUGGGCCGGACGAGUGUCCGGGUGGUAGGAAAAUGUCCGGGUGGGCGGGAGAGUGUCCGUGUGGGCGGGAGAGUGUCUGGGUGGGUAGGACGAGUGUCCAGGUGGGCGGGAGAGUGUCCGGGUGGGCGGGAGAGUGUCCGGGUGGGCCGGACGAGUGUCCAGGUGGGCGGGAGAGUGUCCGGGUGGGCCGGGAGAGUGUCCGGGUGGGCCGGACGAGUGUCCGGGUGGGCCGGAAGAGUGUCCGGGUGGGCGGGAGAGUGUCCGGGUGGGCGGACGAGUGUCAGGGUGGCCAACGAGUGUCCGGGUGGCCGGACGAGUGUCCGGGUACCGACGAGUGUCAGAGUGGGCGGAAGAGUGUCCGGGUGGGCGGGAGAGUGUCCGGGUGGCCGACGAGUGUCCGGGUGGCCGACGAGUGUCCGGGUGGCCGGAAAGUGUCCGGGUGGCCGGACGGGUGUCCGGUGUCCGGGUGGGCGGAAGAGUGUCCGGGUGGGCCGGACAAGUGUCCGGGUGGCCAGACGAGUGUUCGGGUGGGCCGGGAAAGUGUCCGGGUGGGCGGACGAGUGUCCGGGUGGGCGGGAGAGUGUCCGGGAAGGCCGGGAGAGUGUCCGAAAGGCCAGGAGAGUGUCCAGGUUGGCGGGAGAGUGUCCGGGUGGGUGGGAGAGAGUACGGGUGGGCCGGACGAGUGUCCGGGUGGGCGGGAUAGUGUCCGGGUGGGCGGGAGAGUGUCCGUGUGGGCGGGAGAGUGUCCGUGUGGCCGGACGAGUGUUCGGGUGGGCCGGAAGACUGUCCGUGUGGGCGGGAGAUUGUCCGGGUGGGGCGGGAGAGUGUCCGUGUGGGCGGGAGAGUGUCCGGGUGGGCCGGGAGAGUGUCCGUGUGGGCGCGAGUGUCCGGGUGGCCGGACGAGUGUCCGGGUGGGCGGGAGAGUGUCCAUGUGGGCGGGAGAGUGUCCGUGUGGGCCGGGAGAGUGUCCGGGUGGGCCGGGAGUGUGUCCGGGUGGGCGGGAGAGUGUCCGGGUGGGCGGGAGAGAGUAUGGGUGGGCCGGACGAGUGUCCGGGUGGGCCGGAAGACUGUCCGUGUGGGCGGGAGAUUGUCCGGGUGGGCCGGGAGAGUGUCCGUGUGGGCGGGAGAGUGUCCGGGUGGGCCGGGAGAGUGUCCGUGUGGGCGCGAGUGUCCGGGUGGCCGGACGAGUGUCCGGGUGGGCGGGAGAGUGUCCAUGUGGGCGGGAGAGUGUCCGUGUGGGCCGGGAGAGUGUCCGGGUGGGCCGGGAGUGUGUCCGGGUGGGCGGGAGAGUGUCCGGGUGGGCGGGAGAGAGUAUGGGUGGGCCGGACGAGUGUCCGGGUGGGCCGGGAGAGUGUCCGUGUGGGCGGGAGAGUGUCCGGGUGGCCGGAGGAGUGUCCGUGUGGGCGGGAGUGUGUCCGGGUGGCCGGACGAGUGUCCGUGUGGGCGGGAGAGAGUACGGGUGGGCCGGACGAGUGUCCGGGUGGGCGGGAGAGUGUCCGGGUGGGCUGGACGAGUGUCCGGGUGGGCCGGGAGAGUGUCCGUGUGGGCGGGAGAGUGUCCGGGUGGCCGGACGAGUGUCCGGGUGGGCCGGGAGAGUAUCCAGGUGGGCGGACGAGUGUGCGGGUGGGCGGGAGAGUGUCCGGGUGGGCCGGACAAGUUUCCGGGUGGGCCGGGAGAGUGUCCGUGUAGGCGGGAGAGUGUCCGGGUGGGCGGACGAGUGUCCGGGUGGGCGGGAGAGUGUCCGGGUGGGCUGGACGAGUGUCCGGGUGGCCGGACGAGUGUCCGUGUGGGCGGGAGAGUGUCCGGGUGGCCGGACGAGUGUCCGGGUGGGCGGGAGAGUGUCCGGGUGGGUUGGACGAGUGUCCAUGUGGGCGGGAGAGUGUCCGGGUGGGCCGGACGAGUGUCCGGGUGGGCUGGAGAGUGUCCGGGUGGGCGGACUAAUGUCCGGGUGGGCGGGAGAGUGUCCGGGUGGGCCGGAUGGUUGUCCGGGUGGGCGGGAGAGAGUACGGGUGGGCCGGGAGAGUGUCCGGGUGGGCCGGACGAGUGUCUGGGUGGGUUGUCCAGGCGCUGGCAGCCUCGCCCCGACGGGGACGCGACCGCAGGCGCCCCGACGUCCGAGGCAGCCACCCGCCCGCGCGAACAAAACAGGCAGGUGA